CAUCUGAACAUCAGAAGGAACAAACUCCAGGCACACCACCUUUCAGAACUGUAUUAAGAACUGUAACAGUCACUGGGGAGGGUUCUUGAAGUCAGCGAGACCAAGAACCCACCGGAAGGAACCAAUUCCAGACACAAUUAUUUGCCUUCUUUAGUUCCUGAGACUUCUACGCACAGAAUAUACUUGAUGUGUGCCACAACCUAUACAAAGGUAACUAGAACUAACAAGCAAUUGUAUGAUUAAUGACAUGGGACAUUAGAGAUUUGGAACGAGAUAAAAAGGCUUACCUUGAGGACAGCCUUAUUAGGAGCAGAAGCAAAUACAGGUUUUGUGGGUUUACCUUAUUUGGCUAUUUUUACACUUGCAAGGAAUGUAGCUCAGAGGUCACACAGCUAGUAAGAAGCCAGCACCCUUUGAUGUGGGAUUGAUGUGGAGGAUAGGCAUGUACAGAGAACACACAAGCAAAACACCAUGGUGUCGAUUUUGAAUGAAAAGCCCUAUGAUUAGUCAUGAGUGUGAAUUAUUCAACAAAGUGAUCAAAACCAACUCCAGUCCUGCAUUCCUCUUCGCCAUUAGGAGUUUGGCACCUGGAGACUGCUAGCUGCCUGGUUAAGAACCAGCCCUGGUCCAGCCCAUUCCGCGGGCCAGCAAGCUCUGAAAAGCAAAACUAGGAAGUUGCUUUCCAACAUAAAGUGGAGAUUUUAACACAGGAGACUUUAAGCAAGUUCCAGUGUGUCUAUAUUUGGACUGGCUGAUCGGCUGGACUCUGGCCUUCCCAGCUCUGAUUAGCCCACUGCUCUGCCCUAGUGGGCGCUUAGCCUGUGACUGCAGCCCUAGAGGAUCUCUAAUAAACUCCUUUCUCCCCACCUGUGUUCAGUAGUUCUCGGGUCUGAAUUCAAAAUGGCCUCAUUUCCUGCUGUCCUUCGAGCGUCCCGGCUGUACCAAUGGAGCCUGAAGUGUUCGGCGCAGUUCCUGGGGUCUCCACAGCUGAGGCAGGUUGGCCAGAUCAUUAGGGUUCCUGCUCGGAUGGCGGCGACGCUGAUCCUGGAGCCCGCGGGCCGCUGCUGCUGGGACGAACCGGUGCGAAUCGCAGUAUGCGGCCUAACCCCGGAGCAGCCGGUCACGCUGCGCGCGUCCCUGCGCGACGAGAAGGGCGCGCUUUUCCAGGCUCACGCGCGCUACCGCGCCGACGCCCACGGCGAGCUGGACCUGGAGCGCGCGCCCGCGCUGGGGGGCAGCUUCGCGGGGCUUGAGCCCAUGGGGCUGCUCUGGGCCUUGGAGCCGGAGAAACCCUUGGUGCGGCUGGUGAAGCGCGACGUGCGAACGCCCUUGGCCGUGGAGCUGGAGGUGCUGGAUGGCCACGACCCCAACCCCGGGCGGCUGCUGUGCCAGGCGCAGCACGAGCGCUACUUCCUGCCACCAGGGGUGCGGCGCGAGCGGGUGCGCGCGGGCCGGGUGCGAGGCACGCUCUUCCUGCCGCCAGAACCUGGGCCCUUUCCUGGGAUUGUGGACAUGUUCGGAACUGGAGGUGGCCUGCUGGAGUAUCGGGCUAGUUUGCUGGCUGGGAAGGGUUUUGCUGUGAUGGCUCUGGCUUAUUAUAACUAUGAAGACCUCCCCAAGACCAUGGAGACGCUCCAUCUGGAGUACUUUGAAGAAGCCGUGAACUACUUGCUCAGUCGUCCUGAGGUAAAAGGUCCAGGAGUUGGGCUGCUUGGAAUUUCCAAAGGGGGUGAGCUCUGCCUUUCCAUGGCCUCUUUCCUGAAGGGCAUCACGGCUGCUGUGGUCAUCAACGGCUCUGUGGCCAAUGUUGGGGGAACCUUACACUACAAGGGUGAGACCCUGCCCCCUGUGGGCGUCAACAGAAAUCGCAUCAAGAUGACCAAAGAUGGCUAUGCAGACAUUGUGGAUGUCCUUAACAGCCCUUUGGAAGGACCUGACCAGAAGAGCUUCAUUCCUGUGGAAAGGGCAGAGAGCACCUUCCUGUUCCUGGUAGGUCAGGAUGACCACAACUGGAAGAGUGAGUUCUAUGCUAAUGAGGCCUGUAAACGCUUGCAGGCCCAUGGGAGGAGAAAGCCCCAGAUCAUCUGUUACCCAGAGACAGGGCACUAUAUUGAGCCUCCUUACUUCCCCCUGUGCCGGGCUUCCCUGCAUGCCUUGGUGGGCAGUCCUAUUAUCUGGGGAGGGGAGCCCAGGGCUCAUGCCAUGGCUCAGGUGGAUGCUUGGAAACAACUCCAGACUUUCUUCCACAAACACUUGGGUGGCCAAGAGGGGACAAUCCCAGCAAAACUGUAAUUUUUAUUUGAUCAUGUGGCCUCUCUGUUGCGAAUCUCUCCUGGGAACGUCUGCCACAUUUAGUGUGUAUAUGUGUAUUCAUUCUUUUGUAUUUAAUAACUAAAGUUUCUCCCCCUCAUUAUUAAAAUGAAUUUACCAGUAA